AUGUUAGACAGUAUUAAAGAUAUACAAUUUGCAAUGCUAACAACAUUAGAUAAAGACAAUCAACUACAUUCACGUCCUAUGGCCUAUAAACAGGUGGAUAAAGAUGGUGAACUUUGGUUUUUUACUCGCGCUGAUUCACAUAAAGUCGACGAAAUAAAAAAGAAUAGUCUUGUUAAUGUCGCAUUUUCUGAUCCAUCGAAACAAAAUUAUGUGUCAGUCUGUGGCAGAGCUGAAUUAAUCCGAGAUAAACAAAAAGCAAAAGAAUUAUGGAAUGAUUAUUUGAAAGCAUGGUUUCCAGGCGGUCUCGAUGAUCCGGAUCUAGCACUUCUUCGAAUAGAUAUUGAUUCAGCAGAAUAUUGGGACUCGGCUUCAAAUAUAAUGACACGUGCUGUUGGUUACGUGAAAGCUGCUUUGGGUGAUGGUAGUAAAUUAGAAGGUGAAAAUAAGAAAGUCAAUUUUCCAUAA